CGUUGUGCUCGCGGAGCAGCCAUUUCCAGAGAAACCGCUGUUUUAGUGGACGUGUUGCAGAUUUUAUAGUCAAAAUGAGAGAAAUCGUGCAUCUCCAGGCCGGUCAGUGCGGAAACCAGAUUGGUGCCAAGUUUUGGGAGGUGAUCAGUGAUGAGCAUGGCAUCGACCCAACCGGUACCUACCAUGGAGACAGUGACCUGCAGCUGGACAGGAUCAACGUUUACUACAAUGAAGCCUCAGGUGGCAAAUAUGUUCCCCGUGCUGUGCUGGUGGAUCUGGAGCCAGGCACCAUGGACUCCGUGAGGUCUGGACCUUUUGGACAAGUCUUCAGACCAGACAACUUUGUUUUCGGUCAGAGUGGUGCUGGCAACAACUGGGCCAAAGGCCACUACACGGAGGGUGCAGAGCUGGUGGACUCUGUCCUGGAUGUGGUGAGGAAGGAGGCGGAGAGCUGCGACUGCCUGCAGGGCUUCCAGCUCACACAUUCCCUUGGCGGUGGUACGGGCUCCGGCAUGGGCACCCUGCUGAUCAGCAAGAUUCGUGAAGAGUAUCCUGAUCGCAUUAUGAACACCUUUAGCGUCGUGCCUUCUCCUAAAGUGUCCGACACCGUAGUUGAGCCCUACAAUGCAACGCUCUCCGUCCAUCAGCUCGUGGAAAACACUGAUGAGACCUACUGCAUUGACAAUGAGGCCCUCUACGACAUCUGCUUCCGCACACUUAAACUCACAACGCCGUCCUACGGUGAUCUCAACCACCUGGUCUCUGCAACAAUGAGCGGCGUCACGACGUGCCUCAGGUUCCCCGGACAGCUAAACGCUGAUCUGCGCAAGCUAGCUGUCAACAUGGUACCAUUCCCCCGUCUGCACUUCUUCAUGCCGGGCUUUGCCCCCCUCACCAGCAGAGGCAGUCAGCAGUACCGGUCACUGACGGUGCCAGAGCUGACUCAGCAGAUGUUUGACGCAAAGAACAUGAUGGCUGCCUGCGAUCCACGUCAUGGCCGCUACCUAACUGUGGCCGCCAUUUUCCGUGGCCGCAUGUCCAUGAAGGAGGUCGACGAGCAGAUGCUGAACGUGCAGAACAAAAACAGCAGCUACUUCGUGGAAUGGAUCCCAAACAACGUGAAGACGGCAGUCUGUGACAUUCCUCCCCGAGGCCUCAAGAUGGCCGCCACCUUCAUUGGCAACAGCACGGCCAUUCAGGAGCUGUUCAAGCGCAUCUCUGAGCAGUUCACAGCCAUGUUCAGGCGCAAGGCUUUCCUCCACUGGUACACCGGAGAGGGUAUGGAUGAGAUGGAGUUCACGGAGGCCGAGAGCAACAUGAACGACCUGGUGUCCGAGUACCAGCAGUACCAGGAGGCCACCGCUGAGGAGGAGGGAGAGUUUGAAGAGGAGGGCGAGGAGGAGCUGGCCUAAACGUUUCCGUUCACACGGAACCUUUUCUCGUUGAGGCGUUAACUUAUGUAGGUUUCAAUGUUGAAUAAAGUUGUAAAGCAUCA